AUGGCCGGACAAGAGGAAGAAAAUGUAAGUCAUUCCCGGAUCAUCUGCUCUGUAGCUUCGGGAAGGCGAGUUCACAAGCACGACAGUGGUUGGGCGUGGCUGGUGGGUGUAUGCGGUUGUCUUUGUAACGUGUUUACUCUGGGAUGUUCGUAUAGUUUUGGUGUCAUGUAUCCGUCACUUUUGGACGAGUUCAAGCGAGGCAAAGCCCAAACAGCAUGGAUUGGCUCUCUUUGCAUGUCCUUGACCUUUUUCUUCGGCCCUCUGGCGGGAAAACUCUGCGAUCAUUACGGCCCCAGAGCUGUCAUAAUCAUUGGUGCAAUAAUAUCUGUGAUCGGACUUGCUACAACCUCACAGGCACGAAAUAUAUUCGUUUUAUACUUGACAUACAGCGUCAUAUUUGCUUUUGGAGGUUGUUGUAUUUAUACCAGCGUAUUUGUCAUCGUACCCAAGUACUUUUUAAAACAUCGUUCAUUAGCAACUGGAAUGAUUGCAGCGGGGCCUGGAGCCGGUACAUUCAUAAUGAGUCCUAUUUUGGCGCGUUCCAUAGAGGGGCUUGGAUGGCGUGGGGCAUUUUUGGUCAUGGCCGGUAUCAUCGCAUCUGUUUGUCUCCUUGGUUGUGCGUUUGAUCCCAAUUCUCCGACGAAUCCUGCAGAACGAGACGUAUGUCAUGCUUUUAUGCAAGACAAGAAAAAAAGACACUUGUCACGUAAUCCUUCAUAUUUGCUAUUGGUUUUCGUUACAGCUAUUGUGAUAUUAGGAAAUUCAGUUCCUCAAGUCCACAUGGCUCGCUACUGUGAAGAGAAAGGCAUCAGUCUACAACUUGCUUCGACGCUAUACCUUGUGCUUGGACUGUGCUCAGUUUUCGCCAGAGUCUUAGUCGGUCGCUUGUGUGAUUGUAAAUUCGUUGAUCAGCGAUGUGUCUACCAAGGAUGCCUGUUUGUUCUUGGUUUUUCAACUCUGCUCUGUCCAUUGGCAAAUACCUUUCCUACGUUACUCGUUUAUUUCAUAAUGUUUGGUUUGUUUGAUGGUGGUCAAUCAACUGUGGCAAAUGUGUUGGUAUUAACCUCUGUACAAGAAGGACAGAAGGCUCGUGCUUUUGGGUUGUGGCUGUUUUGUCUGUCAGUCAUUAUGGCUUGUGGACCGCCCCUUGCAGGUUACAUUGCGGACUCUACGGGUUCAUACGCGCCCGCAUUCUACUUGGCAGGCAGCAGCAUCGUAACUGGUGCCAGUGCUUUCUUCGUGAUGUACUUCCUAAGAAGUAACGCAGAAGAGAUGGAAUCGCAAACGAAACUUGUUGUCAUAGAAAAAGUUACAGUUGUGUGA